GAAUUCCAAAGAUAAUCAAGCGGUCAAGCAAACACGUAUUCGAACUGCUUCUUGGAUUUCUAGCCGCCGUCAGUUAUUUGUUCUUUGAAACCGGUCCGAUUCAUACAAUUUCAAUUUAUUCAUUUGUUUACCGCCUGUGGCCGGACCGAACCGAUUUGCUUGCUGGAAAUCGGUGGGCGCGGCGUAUGGUUAGACGUUUUUUACCGGUGGCCGGAAGCGUUUGUUGCAUGAUAAACAGUUAACACAUACAGCUGCUAGCACACAAAUAUAUAUAAACUUAAAAAUUUUAGCACGAGUCGAGCAUUUUGUUCUUUGUUUUGUCGAGGUGGAAACGGAUGUGCUGAUAAGGCGUAUUUCCACUUCUGGGUGUUGUGAUAACACUUUGCUGCAGCUGUCAUCGUGGUGACAGAUAGCCAGCUGGGAAACUCAAGGAGUGGACAGACAUAGCCGCCGCUCUCAGCAACUGUUUACUUCACUGGUUACCAGAUUUACUGCCGUCGAUUGGGGAAUUUCGUGGCGCAUGCUCAACCACAAGACACUGGUUUGAUUUUGUUCUGGGAUCCGGAUUUCCAAGCCCUGCAAAAUGGGUUCCACAAAAUGUGGACUGCUUCUCCUUUUCGUUACUUGCAUUGCAUAUGCCAAGGGUCAAGAAAAUGCAACACAAAUCGACCUUGUACAAGAUCCAGAAGCCGUCGACAGAUCGAUAAUAUACUACAUCACGGCACCGGUAGUCAUCAAGCCGUUCUCCCAAUAUCCCAUCUCCGUCACCAUCACCAACAGCUCGUCUCCUGUAGACAUUACCUUAACCGUUAAACAAAAAUUCUGGGGAAUCAAGGAUCAGAAUGACACCGCCGUUGUGACAACAUCUGGAAAGGUCGAAGCUGGAAGCACCGUACGAUUUACACUUGAUGUGAAAAACUUGGAUACCGGAAGUUUUGUCCUAGAGGCAAAAGGCCAAGAUCAACAAGGUCAUAAUUUCACUGAUGAAGCGUCCUUAACCGUCAGACGCACCAGCAAUCUGAUUUUUAUCCAAACCGAUAAGCCACUGUACAAGUUAGGCGACACCGUCAAAUACCGAAUUUUGGCUGUCGAUUUGGCUCUCAAACCGGUUCAGAUCCCCCUGGAUGUAAAACUUUAUGAUCCUCAGCGUAAUUUGAUUCAACAGAACCUUCAAGUGAACAGUGCAAAUGCCACAAAGAGCGAUCCCUCUGCGGCCGUGUCGACCGGCUAUUUCGAAGGUCAGCUGCAGCUGGCAUCGGAAGCCCCUCUUGGCUCGUGGACUAUCGAGGUCACCGCGAUGCCUGACAGAGUGACCACUAAGACUUUUACCGUCGAAGAGUAUGUGCUGCCAAGAUUUGAUGUUCAGUUGAAGGCUCCGGAAUACAUAAUCAAAAUGCAAGAUAGCUUUGAGGUUACACUGAAUUCCAGCUACACUUUUGGGCAGCCGGUUAAAGGCAAAGCAUUCAUUCAAGUCGAUGGACCAUCCAGAUAUCAAUGGGAAACUCGACGAGAUCUCCGUCUCUCCAAGACAUACGAACUUUCGGAUUUCAAUGGUUUUGCCAAAAUCACCGUCUACGUGGCUGACGUCGUCAACCGUACCGAAGAUUUCAGCGACUAUAACGCCAUUUCCGUCAGCGCCAACGUUACCGAGGGCACUACCCACACCGUCCGCAGCGCAAAGUCCAAAUCCGUCAGCCUGAAACGCCAAGCCUACAAACUGGACAUGAUCAAAGCCACCAACACUUUCAAACCCGGCUUCCCGUACACCAUCACCGUGACCGCUACGCAAUGGGAUGGUCGUCCUAUUCCUCCUACCACGCGCAAAAUGGUUGUCAAGGUCAGCCAGAGUACCAGUGCAUGGGGCAGUGGAUACUUCGAUGAGGAGUUGAAAGAGUUUACCGUGCCGGUUAAUGGAAGUGUGGAUCUGACGGUUGUACCCUCCAAAGAAACCCGCAGUCUGUUCUUCCGCGCUCGUUUAGGACGCGUGAAGACAUCACAGACGGUAUCAGGAUACGAUUCGCCCAGCAACAGUUUUAUGCAGAUAUUCCCUCAAUCCAAAAAUCUCUCCGUGGGUGACACCGCUGUUUUUGCCAUAAAUCUUACCAACUCGUUCCCACAAUUGAACUACACGGUUUUCAAUAAAGGGCAAAUCCUCGCGGAAGGAAACAUCGCUACCAGUGGUUCGGGAGCUACUGUGUCAUUGCCUCUGGACCGCAACUACACACCCCGAUCUCGUCUGCUCGCGUAUUACAUUCGAGAUGAUAGCGAAGUGGUUGCAAACGUAAUCGAUUUUGAAGUGUCUGGUCUCAUCCAAAACAAUGUGACAGUCACGGUUCAUCCUGAGAACCGCACGGACUAUGCCGAACCCGGCGAGCGUGCCGUAAUCAAGAUUGAGACCGCUCCGAAAUCAUUUGUGGGACUAUUGGCUAUGGAUCAGAGUUUAUUGCUCCUUAAGCAAGGGAACGAUAUCUCGGAAUCAGAUAUUGUAAGCUCGUUUGGUGAAUUCGAUUACGAUACCUGGUCAUUUGACAAUGCAUUCGGAUCCAGCCGGUAUAAGUUCCCAGGUGGACGUUCUGUCUUCCGUUUCCUUGAGCAAGCUGGUUUGGUUGUGCUGGCUAAUGCGGCCAUCCCUGGCAAUCCCAAAAUUCCCGAUGUGGACGAGUACCACGCCACCCGCGGAGUGAUGUACAGUUCUGCCGGUAAUAGAGGCGGCAGCGGUGGUUCGCGCUCACGACCAGCAUCAUGGGGCUCAUCUGCUCAGGGCGGCAUGAUGAUGGCUGCUCCCGCGAUGGCCAUGCAGUCAUCCGCUAAUUUUGGUGGAUCGUCCAAACGAACUCAAUCUGGCAGUUCCCAGCCCGAGCCUCGUCUCCGAAAAGAUUUCCGGGAGACCUUCUUGUAUGAAACCUUCAACAGUGAAAAUGGCUCGAUUGAAAUUACCCGUGACAUUCCGGACACCAUUACCAGCUGGGUGUGCUCUGCAUUCAGCAUGAAUAACGAAGUUGGCCUCGGCAUUACCAAGGAUCCACCAAAGCUGAGAGUUUUCCGUCCCUUCUUCGCCGUUUUGAAUCUGCCGUUCAGCAUCAUCCGCGGUGAGACCGUCCAACUAGAAGUUCUCGUCUUCAACUACCUCGCCCAAGAUCAAAAUGUUCAAGUAACGCUGGAUGUCAGCGGACAGGAUGCCAACGGAAACAAAUUCACCGCUGCUCCUCGAACCAAACAGAUCACCGUCAAGUCGCAGGAAUCUCUUUCCGUUACCUUCCCCGUUAAACCAGAAGUUGUGGGCGAAAUUGACAUCAAAGCCACCGCUGUUGCCGAGAUGGCUGGAGAUUCUCUUGUCCGCAAACUGAAAGUCAAGCCGGAAGGUGUUCGUCAGCAGUUCAAUGCACCUCUGUUCAUCGAUCUGAGGAAAGAGAAUUCAUUCUCCAGUGAUGUUCUGAUUCCCCUGCCUGACGCUGGGCGCGUUGAAGGAUCUGAAAAAUUGGUAUUCACAUCCAUUGGUGACCUUUUGGGACCUACCAUUUAUGGAAUCAAUAACCUGAUUCGACUACCUUACGGUUGCGGUGAACAAAACAUGGCCCUGUUUGCUCCCAACGUAUUCGUUAUGAAAUACCUGAAGAGCGCUGACCGCUUGGAUGACCAGACGCGUGAGAAACUGCUGCGCAAUUUACGAAGCGGUUACCAACGACAGCUGACCUUCAAGCACUACGACAAGUCAUACAGUGCAUUCGGAGAUUCCGAUAAUAGCGGAUCCACUUUCCUCACCGCCUUCGUCGCGCGCACUUUCUUCCAGGCCAAGGACUACAUCACCAUCGACGAGAACAUCAUCAAGGGCGCACUGGACUGGCUGGCUGACAAGCAAGCCGACAAUGGUUCUUUCCCGGAAGUGGGUAAAGUUUUCGACCGCGAGCUGCAAGGUGGUGCCGGCAAAGGCACCGCACUGACCGCUUAUGUCCUGAUCACCCUCCUGGAAGCGCAGUCGAUGGGUAACUACUCCGAGAACAUUAAAAACGCUACCCGCUUCCUGGAAGCCCAGACUAAGGGUAUCGAUACGGAUCCCUACGCACUGUCUAUCGUCAAUUACGCUCUUCAACUGGCCGGUAGUAAUGGAUUGGAGUUCACGAGCAGCCGUCUGGAAGCAUUGGCGAUUGUGGCCAAUGGCACUAAGCACUGGGCUAAGGAACGCGAAAUUGAAAUUCAAGGAUUCGGUAAAUAUCAUUGGGAAUAUAAGCUACCCGCUAAGGAUGUGGAAAUGACCGCCUAUGGCCUGCUGUCGGCUAUUCGCAAGAAGGAUGUCGAGGGUGGGUUCCCGAUUUUGGCUUGGUUGCUGUCCAAGCGUAACGAACAGGGUGGAUACCAAACUUCGCAGGACACCGUUGUCGGCUUGCAAGCCAUUUCGGAGUUUGCACAGCUCGCUCUAAGCAAAGACCGUGACAUUACUGUGCACAUUACCGCUGAAGAUUUCAAGAGUGAUUUCACCAUUAAGGAUGAAAAUGCACUGGUUUUGCAAACUGCCGAGCCUAAGAAAUUCUAUAACCGCGUGAUAGUGGAAGCUUCCGGCAAGGGUACUGCCUUGGUGCAAGUGUCAUGGAUCUAUUAUAUUCGCAAUACUUCCAACGAACAAGGUUUUGCCGUCACGACCAAAAUCACAAAGGGUGCCACCGAACUCCUCCUGCAGUUCUGCACAAACUACCAAGGCCAAAACGACAGCAACAUGGCCGUUAUGGAGACUAGCUUGCCAUCGGGAUACCAGGUCGACGAGGAAGAAGUGAAGAAACUGACUGCUGUCGUAAAGGAUUUGUCGCGUGUGGAUAUCGAUGAUGACCACACUAGACUGACAUUCUAUUUUGACAAGUUAACCAAAGACAAGCGGUGUCUAAUCUUUACCGGAUAUCGCAAAUUUAAUGUCGACAACCUGCAGGACAGUAAUGUUGUCGUUUAUAACUAUUACAAUCCGAUUGAGAAGCAGACGGCUUUCUACAAUCCUAAAGAUGCUCAGUAAACCAAAAAUCUAAUGACAUUAUGCAUAAUCUUGCUUUGGUGGUUUGCGUUUGGCACAACUUAAUCUGUUUUGUUGGUUGAAAUUGUUCGCUUCGGUGUUAUGUUUGCGGGUAGAGCUGCGAAUUUAUCGUGUACGGUACACAAUUUUACCGAAUAUUUUGUUAGUUUGCUCUGCAGUGAAUUAUGACAUGUGCUAGUGACGAAUAUUCUUGCCAGGAAUAAAGAAAGAUCGUUGAA